AUGGACAGAGGCGACGCUGAUUCCGACAGUGGAGGUGAUGAGCUUCAUCACUCCAGCUCCAUGGGAGCUGAUUCCCAAGAUGAUUGGAAUGGAAUGUUGCCUCGGGAUCUACCGAAGAGGACAACAUUCUAUGAUCCAGUAGCAGAGCGCCAGAUGAGCUUAACGGACGCGAAACUUUUCUAUCAGAUGAGCCUCCAGGGUCACCAAAAUAGACCCGGAUCAUCCACCUGGCAAGCCUCUCAAUCUUUACCAGUUGAUGAGGACUCCGUGGAACUGGCAUCUUCGCUUGAGCUCCCGCAGCCCGCGAUCGCUAUGACUGAAUCGGGGCGCCAUAAACCGGGACAACCAACGUCGGAUACGCAGCCGGUUUCGUCUCCUGUCUCCAAGUCGGCUCGUUUCUCGCGAGCCAGCGACGUUGGUGAAUCCCCUCGCCGUGGGCCUGUGACGGUACCGGCGGGAAAGCAGGCGCUGUUAUUUGCUGAGAAUAACUCCCGCGACUACCAUGCGUUUCCUGCUUCCGGUCGUGAUAGAGUGCAUCCGUGGUCAAGCCUCCAAGCAUCGGACGAACAAUCCCCGAGCCCAGGCGUCAACAUUCCCGACGCCGACCUCCACAUGCUAUCGGAGUUGAGCGCGAUAUCCUCGGACAUCCAUAAGCUGAUUGGACUUCGCAACAAAUACAUCAACUUGUCGUUACAAGGCCCACUAGACAACCCGAAAGACUCUCCUGAUUGGGUUAUAUAUCCCCCUCCUCCUGAACCGGCCUGGGUACAGGAGCUGGAUGCAGUCACCGGGAGCGCCUCCAAUAGUCUCAGUAAUAGCAUGGUGCUGACAUCGGAUGCCGGCUAUGCGGGCCAGGGUGACCGUGCGCGCGGUGCGCCUUACAAAUCUGGGAAGGGAAAGUCCUCAAGGAAACGGAAGCCCGGUUACGAUAUUGGAGAGGAUUUUGACAUGGACGACAUGCUGCCGCUCCCCGAACCCUCGAGCUUGACAUUUCAACUCGACGAAAAUGGAGUAUACCAAGUCGUGUUUCCUUCUAAAUCAGCGUCACCACCACGUCCUCUUGUACGCGUGCCCACCCUGCGCGAGUUCUAUAUGGACCUCGACGAGGCUCUUAACAUAUCGGCCGAUGGCCCGAAUAAGAGCUUCGCAUUCCGUCGCCUGCAGUACCUCGAAGGCCAAUUCAACAUGUACGUGCUUCUGAACGAGUACCAAGAAACAGCGGACAGUAAGAAGGUGCCCCAUCGAGACUUCUACAACGUCCGCAAAGUGGACACCCAUGUUCACCACUCUGCUUGUAUGAAUCAAAAGCAUCUGCUGCGCUUCAUCAAGAGCAAGAUGAAAAAGUGCCCUGAUGAAGUUGUUCUCUUCCGAGAUGGGCGUCAUCUCACUCUCGCAGAAGUCUUUGAGAGCAUCAACUUGACUGCGUACGACCUAAGCAUAGACACACUCGAUAUGCACGCACAUAAGGAUUCUUUCCACCGAUUUGACAAAUUUAACCUCAAAUACAAUCCUAUUGGAGAGUCUCGUCUGCGAACCAUUUUUUUGAAAACUGAUAAUUUCAUCAACGGUCGCUAUCUUGCCGAGAUCACGAAGGAAGUUAUCUCGGAUCUUGAGUCAAGCAAAUACCAAAUGGUGGAGUGGAGAAUAUCCGUGUAUGGCAAGGCCAUCGAUGAGUGGGACAAGCUUGCUGCAUGGGUUGUGGACAACAAACUCUUCUCACACAAUGUUCGCUGGUUGAUACAAAUACCGCGCCUCUUCGACGUUUACAAGGCGAGUGGUCUGAUGGAAACCUUUGACCAAAUCAUUACAAACCUCUUCCAACCUCUUUUCGAGGUGACAAAGGAUCCCGCGACACACCCGAAGCUGCAUAUUUUCCUCCAGCGCGUAAUCGGCUUCGACUCAGUGGACGACGAGAGCAAGGUGGAGAGACGUCUUUUCAAGAAAUACCCCGUCCCUAAAGCCUGGGACUCUGGUCAGAACCCGCCCUAUAGCUACUGGAUAUACUAUCUCUACGCCAACAUGGUUUCCUUAAAUCACUGGCGGAAACAGCGCGGGUUCAACACGUUUGUCCUGCGUCCCCACUGCGGCGAAGCUGGUGAUAGCGAGCAUCUUGCUGUCGCUGCCCUUUGUUGCCACAGCAUCAGCCACGGCCUUUUACUUCGAAAGGUGCCUCUCUUGCAGUAUAUAUUCUACCUGGAGCAGAUAGGCAUAGCCAUGUCGCCGCUCAGUAACAACGCUCUGUUCCUGACCUAUGAGAGAAACCCUUUCAACCAGUACUUCAAACGAGGCCUGAAUGUGUCACUCUCGACGGACGACCCCCUUCAGUUUGCCUUCACGAAGGAACCGUUGAUCGAAGAGUAUGCUGUCGCGGCACAGAUAUAUAAAUUAAGUUCAGUUGAUAUGUGCGAGCUGGCGAAGAAUUCUGUGAAGCAGAGCGGCUAUGAGGACUCCAUCAAACAACAAUGGCUUGGACCUCACUACUUGAAGCCCGGCAAGGAUGGGAAUAAGAUGGAUAAGACUAAUAUCCCCGAUAGAAGGGAGGAGUUUCGCCAUCUUGUUCUAUUAGAAGAGAAAGAACUUCUUCAACGAUAUAUUGCACUGGGUGGGCUGAAAGACCCCCUGUUGAGCAGUCCCACCCCCUCAGUUAGCGCAUUACCGGGAGCGGAUAAGCUGGAGAAAAGCCAAUACGGCGGCAUGUCCAUCGCCGAUGAGGGCAAAUGGAAGGAGGUUAUCGUGGACAGGGGGAAUGGACGCCAUCUAGAGGGGGAACGUCCAUCCCCGCCGCCCGUUGCACAGUCUUCCGUACUCGGAUCCCCACGAAGCCCCUACCCAGGCAUGGACCCUCACUGGCCUGCCGAGCAUCUUUCAGGUAGUGAGCCGAAGAUCUUUCCCGGGGUGGUGAGCCGCGGCCAACGUAGUAACAGUAUGAGGACCGGCGAAGAUCUCACGAAACCACCAACAUCAUCGGAAUAUUAG